UAGGAUCUGGGUUGUUGAAUACAAUGUCUAAACCAAAUACCCUAAGGAGAUUCACAAGAGGCUAUACAACUGCGAUGGAAUUAGAGAAGAAGUCGAAUGAUGAACUAGUAAGGUCUAGUCCUUCUAAAAGGAAAGUAGUGUCAACUGUGAAAGCAAUCGGAAAAAAAUGUUACAAGAGGAGGAAAGUAAAUAAUUCUGUCCCGGACAUGAUUGGAGAACCGGUUGUUAAUGAAGAACAAGACGAAGUGAGUGAAGAAUUACAUAGUUCAUCAAUUUCUUCUUCUUCUUCUUCUUCGUCUUCUUGGUGUGUGAAACCAAGAGAUGAUUUUGACUUGUCACAAAAAUCCAGCAGUAGAGAUCUUGUAACACUCAUGUCUGUAUGUUGUAUAAAAUCUAUUUAACUAUAUAUGUCAUAAUAUAUUGACUGUCGUAUUUAAUGGUAGUAUGCUUAAAUGAAUAUUUGCACUUUAUUAAAUGUGUAUGAUUUUGGUAUAAAUUUCGAUUG